CUUUCAGCCAAUGGCGCAAACUUUUGUAGGCUCGUCUCUCUCUCCGUGUCCACGUGAGUAGCGUGGGUUAGCUACUAGCAAUAAACACAUCAUGCUGCGUCGAGAGGUGAGACUGAGGCGGGAGUACCUGUACAGGAAGGCACAGGAGGACAGGCUCCGAACAAUAGAGGAGAAAAAGCAGAAGCUGAAGGGUGCCCUCGACGAAAAUCAUCUCCUUCCCACUGAGAUACGCAAAGAAGCUCUUGAGCUACAGAAACUAGUGGAGUAUGACGACGAAGGGGCAGAAGGUGUCAGCUCUCAUGUGGAUGAUGAGUAUAAAUGGGCUGGAGUAGAAGAUCCUAAAGUCAUGGUCACUACAUCCAGAGACCCAAGCUCCAGGCUCAAAAUGUUUGCCAAGGAGGUAAAGUUGAUGUUCCCUGGGGCCCAGCGAAUGAACAGAGGAAAUCAUGAGAUCCCUGCAUUGGUACAAGCCUGCAAAGCUAACAGUGUUACCGACCUCGUCAUCGUGCAUGAGACAAGAGGACAGCCAGAUGGCCUGGUGGUGUGCCAUUUGCCAUUUGGCCCAACAGCUUAUUUCACUCUUUACAACGUGGUAAUGAGGCACGAUGUUCCCGACAUAGGCACCAUGUCUGAGGCCUACCCCCACCUCAUUUUUCACAACUUCACCUCACGGCUCGGCAAGAGGGUAUCCAAUAUCCUCAAGUAUCUUUUUCCAGUGCCAAAGGAGGACAGCAGGCGUGUGAUCACAUUCGCCAACCAAGAAGACUUCAUCUCUUUCAGACAUCACACCUAUAAGAAAACAGACCACAAGAACAUACAGCUGACGGAAGUAGGGCCCAGGUUUGAAAUGAAAUUGUAUAUGAUCAAACUGGGAACCCUGGAGAACGAGGUCACCGCAGAUGUGGAGUGGCGUCACCACGCAUAUACACACACAGCGAAGAAAAGAAGAUUCCUUAGCAUUGAAUAGGAACUGAGUCAUCAUCUGGAAUUAUAAAAUAAUAUGUGAUUUUUGUUAAAGGAGCAUAACGAGGGAUGACAAGUCCAAGUGUAGUCAACAGCUAUGGAUGUCUACAGUGAUGAAUAGGACAGCUGAGCUCAAGUAGAUUGAGCCCUGUUUUUUAUGACAACCCUAUUUGUAGGGUUAUAUAUACAGUAUAAAGCAUUGCAUUCUAUAUGGUUAUUCUAACUUUUUUAUGCUGUUUUAUAAUAAAGAGUUUACUUGAUCUGCAA